CACCGAGCAGCGUAGUCCACCGUGUCUCUGGACUAAGCACCGUUACAGUGGACCGGGGAUGACUUGGAGCUCGGAUAUUCUGCACUUGAGGAACUAAGUGAUGUACACAUCCAGGAGGUCCCCGUUUGGGCAGGUAUGAGACCUGUGGCGCUCAUGGAAGAAGGAGCAGCAGAUGUUUAGUGGACCCAAGGGUGGCUCCAUAUUCCACUUCUACACAACCAGCAGGCCUGGCCCAGUUGAGCUGCACAUGGAUGGAUCCCACUUUAGAAGCUGAACUUAUGGAAUACAAAGCCCGUGCUGGUGAGCAUGCAUGCCUGUCCGAGCCCUCUCCUCUGCGGGAGCCUCUCGUCCUGACACCGCUUCUCCACUCGGACAUCCCCUGGUCGCUUCAAGCCCCCUUGCCAUGAGGACCUCUGCUCGGUGAUUUGGUGCCUCUGCACGCCUGCACGGAUCGGAGACCCUACUAUUUUUGGAUCGUGCUUUUGUUGGCUAUACACAGGAUUUAUCUGCGCGGAGGGCUUCAUUUGUGUCAAAGGGCUUAACGCAGAGUGCGCGGACGGCGGCAGAGCGGGGGCUUUGCUUCACCCGCUGUUGAGCUCAGCUGCUGUCUUUGUGGCCGGGCCGUGAUGGCAGCCGGCCGGCUGGAGGCGCAGGACCACCCGCCCGAGAACGGCUUCACCCCGCUAGAGCAUCCGGUGCCCCGGCUGCUGCCUCACAUCGACGGCUCGGUGCUACCGUCCCUGGGGGGCUUCGGGAAGCAUCAGAAGCAGCUCGUGGUCCUGACCUGGAUCCCGGCAUUGUUCAUCGGCUUUAGCCAGUUUUCGGAUUAUUUCCUCCUGGCUCAGCCCCAUGUCACGUGCUUGCAACCUCUCACCAACGAGACCAACUGGACCGCGGGACCCCCGCCGGUCACCGUCCCCGGCGGCGCGCCCGCGUGGCAACUCAAAGGCAACGGCACCGGGGAGGGUCUGGGCGACAGCAACGGUAUGCUGUGCGCGUGCAAGGAGUGGAGGCUCGAGCUGCAGACGGGACUUAGUCAGAAUGUGGUUACCAAGUGGAACCUGGUGUGUGACUCAGCCUGGAAGGUGCACAUUGCCAAGUUCUCUUUGCUGGUGGGCUCCAUAUUUGGCUACCUAGUGAUGGGUGUCAUGGCUGACUGGUUUGGUCGACACCCGGUGUUGAUUAUCUCGGUGCUUUUCAUGCUGGGGUUUGGUGUGAGUGUUGCGUUCUCUGUAAACGUCACCAUGUUCAGCACCUUGCGCUUCUUUGAGGGUUUCUGCUUGGCGGGCCUCGCUCUCUCCCUCUACGUGCUCAAACUUUAG